UAUAGGGUCUGGAGAGUGCCUUGAUGCCUUGACAAGCAAGGCAAUCAGCUGUAAAUCGGCCGUGACUGUACAUGUGAUCGCUAACUAUCUUUAUUUCCAGCCCGACGUCCAUCACUCACGACACGAUCCUCUACGCCAACUAUGUCCACAUUCCUCCAAUUCAUCACGCUCGUUUACGUUUCUAUGCACAAUCUUUUGCAUCGGCUCUUGGCUAGAAUGGGAAGAAGGACACCGCCUGGCGGCAAUGCGCAACUGGAUAAAACAGAAUUUUCCGCUCAUGUUCGUGUCUCUCAAGACGCAACCGCAGUGGCCUCAGCUUCCCCCCUAUCUUCCCCCUCCCCCGCUGAACUUUUCGCUGCGGCAGCCGCACAACACACCGACCUGCCUUCCCUUCCAUCUAUCUUGAUCUCGCCGUGGACAAGGACUUCGAUCGAGCAAAUUGACGCAUAUUGCAUCAACUCUACCGAGAAGCAGCACUUUGGCACGCCCAUCUCCGACCUGCGCGAUUUCGCCUGCAAUCCAUUGUCGCUCGUAUCAAAUGCAACACAGACUUUGAAUUUCGCAUCUGAGAACCAGAGCGAGUUGCGCAAGGAGCGGCUGUUGACGAAUAAAGCCGAGGGCAAGCUUACUCGGAGAGGUAUCACUCGGUCAAGAUCUCUCGGCCGGACACGCAAACACUUCAAGUCUAUUGCAAUGCCCUCAUCUGUCUCUCUGCUUCUUCAGUCCGGAACCAGGGCGCGAGCACGGUCGCGGUCAAGAUCCCGUAGACCUCAUCUGCGUAUCCAGUAUCGACGGGCAUCACCCCUCGCUUGUGUGACACAUGCAGUUCUGCAAGGCCAGUCUCUCAAAAAGUUGCACUGCCAUGGUCGUUCUUUGUCCUCUGCCCAGCCGCUGCCUUCCUCCAGAGUCACCAGACACGUCAAGAGGCAUACAGCUCCGGGACUCAUCGUCGUCGUCCCCCCCUUCGUAUCAUCUAUGUCCAUGUCAAAUCUUAGUCACUGUCAAGUUUCACGGAUGGCCAAGGCUGGCCUCGAGGACAUGUUCGACUCGUUGAUUGAACAUGCGGCAGACACUAAUCGUGCCCUCGAAGCGGACGAUCUGAUGUUCCCAGUCUGUAGUCCGACUGUCUUGGAGGAGGGUCGUACGCUCAAAUUCGGCAUGCGCGAUUCCCCAUCCUCGAUAACGUUCGUCUCCUCGAUUUCUGCAUCUCACUCAAUGGUGCUGCUGGCAAAUGCCUCAGCUCGCUCCCUCACGGAUCUCCUGGCGUCGUUUGAAGCGAUGAUGCGCAGUCCGUCUUGGGGGAAGUUGAUGGCUAGAGCAGAGGACAUUGUCGGCCGAAGAGAUGCUGCAAUCUAGUACAAGAAUGUCAGUAGCUAUGCAUGCAUACAUGUACAUACUCGAUGCACACUAGAAGAUAUCAAGUCCAGACAGCUAUCUCGUCGAAACAGCCGCGAUGUCUGAGAAGGAACCCAUUCUCUGUUGCUUCGGUCGGCCGAAAGACCUCAAUGGUGAAGCUCUGAAUUUGGGGAGAGUGAAGUGAGACGUGCUGACAGGCGAAAUGCUGAAACGGCUGCUUGUCGUAACAUCGUCCGAAAUAGAAACAACAUGCGUUCGCACGGGACUCGGGAGAACCGGCGCUGGAAUUCGUGUUCGCCUGGGACAUGAAACUUGGGGCAGACUGGAUGCUCGUGGCCUAGGUAAGAUCAUUGUCGAGACGGAAGAUUUCUGGGAGCCAGUCCCGAUCCUUCGUAUUGGCGGAAGGUGCGGAAGACGCGGCUGAGUUGCUAAACAACGGGGAAGAACGCUCCUCAGAUCUGACUGUGCACCGGAUCUCUUCGUCCCCAAAGAUGCUGAUGAGCCGAUGAUGCUCGUCGUCGGCACUAGGUCUCUGGUAUGAGCAACUGCAUGGCCGGAAGAAGGGCUGAAAGAUGGGGGUGGCAAUGUGAGAGAAGGAAAGUGGGUAGCCUCCAGAUGGAGAUUUUGAGAUUGUAAAUUUGAUUCGGCCGUCGGUGCCGCCGCUUUCAGGUUCAAUGGAAGAAGCCCUAAGCGUGUGCAGGGUGCUGGCUCAUCAGGAUACCACUCUGAAACGAACGGCAUUCGUGCGGGAGUUUGGCUGCUGACUUCAUUCUGCGGCUUCGGUUCCGAGACGCCUUCGGAUUGAACUCCGUCGGACUCGGCUGCGCUUUCGGCGUCCAGCCCGUGAAUCCUGUCGCGUCGACUCCGAACGACGAGAAUGAGGAUAAGGACAACGACAAGGGUGGCCGACACCGCGCCCACGGCUCCGACGACGAUAGCGACAAUGGUCGGAGGAGGGAGAGAUCUGGAAUGAAGGCGCACGGUGUCCUUCACGAUGACCAUUGAUAUAUAAAUCAGAAAACAUGGAGAGAACUCGACGCACCCUACGUCCGUCCCCAUUAUCAAGACUCAAGCGACCGCCAAUGAAGCUCUCAGCACAGACACUGUAAGCUCUCUGUCGGUUCCGAAGACUCGCGCUGUAAACAGAGGUUCUCUCACCUGGAUGGAAUGCCACUGACAGCGAGAGCCAGAGUCAGAACGAGCAGUCUGAGCGAUAGGACGACGCGCAUGACGAAAGAGAAGAAGGGCCGGCCCAAGUACAGGACAUCCACAGUGGAUAGAAUACAUUCUGGCAAGUAGGCAGAUCGAGAUUUGGGAUUAGUACAGAUCAAGGAUCGUUUUCCGGGGUUGCUCGAUUCGGAGCCGGAUUGCUCGAACGGACGUACGUGUUGCGCUGUCAAGGUAAGCAGCCGUAGACUGGAGGUCAAAAUUUAGCCUACGUGUGCGAAUGCACCCUCGAUAAAUGACAGAUGGAGGUGAUGCUUCGCCGUUGGCAAUGAUCGAAACCCCAAAGGAUUGUUCAUCCUGCCCAUGAUCCUUCAACAGUGUCCAAACACAGUGUGGUGGUCGUCAGGGUUUACGAAAAGGGAUCGAAUGCAUUCAUGUGUGCUGUUGCCGAGUAGGAUGGAGCAAAAUGUAGAUAAUGAGACAGUGACGGUACCGCAAUGAUUCAAUCAUUUCGCGUCCAGUCACAGUCAUGUGUGUGGCUCUACAUUCUGUGACAGGAGACACGGAACUCGAAUUCGUCCAAAGUCACUUGCUCCGCUGGGAUGUUUCUCGUCGUCAUAUUUUCAACGAAGCAAUGAAAUCAGGAGUCACCCCGCACCUGCGCGCACUAAAUGACAUCAGCUUGGACUAUGCCCCGCGUUCUAAAGUCCCACUGUUGCCCAACUCCAAGCGUCAAGCUAGUCUUACACUGCUGUGUCGCUUCUUGGACAAGCUUCGAAACAUGCACUGAGAAUGUGCGGACAACCGCUCAUGAGAUGACGAGUCCAGGCGCUUGAUCCGGCUCGGCUCCUCCAACUCAAUCGCAACUCGCCUCUUGCCUUCGAGCUCCGCUUGGAUCGACAGGCGUCUUGGAUCGACAGGUGUGGUUUCGACCGCUGAAUGCAACCAAAUGAGCCCCGGAACGAUAAUUGGUGCUGUAGUGAGAUAUUUGGCGGUCGAUGUGUCGUGGCCGAAGUUCGGCAAUAGUCCAGGCCAGCCCGAGACCAGGUCCAUACUACAUCACAUCUUAAUUUCUAGACUUUCACUAAUCGAUUGAAGAGAAGUUGGAAUCGGACAUGGGGGCUGUCUGGCUCAUGUCACGGUAAGAAAAGAAAAUGCAGGAGCUCGCC